CUUCUGUGGGACCCACCAUCCGGCUGGAUCUCCGACAGCGGGGAGAACUGUCCAGCUGAUGACAACCAACUCUGGAUUUUUGGGGGUGAACAUGAGUGAACAUGCCCUGUUUUUUGCCAGAGAAGUUCAAGGGGUUGGUGUUCCUGUUUUGUGCAAUUGUGUUUGAUUGAUUUUGAAGAGAUCCCCCAUUUUUGCCAGGUGACCGGUCGGUGAAGAGCUGAUUUGUGAUGUGAAGUUCAUGCAAGUGCACAGCUGACCAUCUUCCGAAUGUUGGAGCCGCAAAUGCUUGAGACGAACAUGGCUGAUGUCACUUGCUGAAGAAGCCAAUUUCAUGCUAUGAAACGCCCAACGGCCCCCAACGAGCCUCCAUGGACACUCUUUGACCUAGACGCUGUGGACCGUCACCCGCGGAACCCGCAGGUUUGCGUUAUUUGCUUCCUUUACAUUAAGAGCCGGUGGAGUUGGAUGGCACCUUUUUUAAUCCUUGUUUGAGUCUUGAGGCACAUCCAUAUCUUGGAAUUGAAACCGUGUCCCCACCAAUAUUAUUUGAAUUUAUUUGCUAUACACUGGUCCAUUUAGGGCACCCCUAGACUUGUUGGGUCUCAAAAACCGUUAGUUUCGGUCGCUACUCCCAUAGGUGACCUUUCGCAGCGUUUGACCGCUCAAGAGUCGUGCGCAGAAUUGACACCGCACCGCACGGGCAAAAAACCAUGGGCGACACCGAUGUGAAGUUGACGACCGUGAGCAAGGGCGGCGCCAAGCUGGGCACGGUGAUCCCUUCGGAAGCCAUGUCUAAGAGCGAUGGCAAGGCGGCCAUUGUUGGAAAGUGGAAGAUUACUGGGGUCGCCGAGCCCAUUGACCUCCAAGUCAGUGGUUCCAGCGUGACCUCUGUCCAGAAGCCCUUUGGGAACGAGCCGUUGAUGGCAGAGAUCGAGGAGAGUGAGGAGAAGUUUGGGCUGCACGUGACGAUGGGCGGAUUCCCAAUGAAGGCAUGGCUGAAGAAGGAGGGCAAUGAGACUGUGCUGGCUUUCUCGAAUGGCGGACGCUGGGCGAAGUUGUGAGAAUGCAACUAUGUGGAGAACACGUGAGGGGUACGUUUCGUUUCUUUUUCUCCCCAGCGCUUUUGAUUGCUGUACAGACAGGUGUCAUGUUAUUAUCCUGAAGUAGCCAUGUCUAGAGUCAUGACGGUGAAGGAG